CCCGGCCCAAACCCGAUUUAGGUUCUACAAAGCCGGCUCAAUUGGGUCCAUCGAUCGGGUUGGGCGAGGGACGUAUGGGUUUAACGAACCCAAUCUCCAUCCAUGGUCCCACAUCUGAAUAAGCUCGGAUUGUAUAUUGACGAUCCGACUCGAUCCGAUCCGUUAACAGUUUUUGAUAUAAUCAUAAACCUCGAUCGAGACUCUACUCGGAAAGGAACUGCGAUCGCCAGAGGUCUCCCUUUUUCCUCGAGAACUCGGUCCUGAUCAUUUCCAGCAUAACGCAGUAUUGGGUUAGUCAAGGAAAAAAAUGGUGUGAUUUCUGCAAGAUCUAUAUUGCAAACAACCCUUUGAGCAUCAGAACUCAUGAACUUGGUCAGCGCCACAAGGACAAUGUUGCUAAGAGGCUUGCUACUAUGAGAAAGGAGAGCGCUGCCAGGGAGAAGGAACAAAAAGAAGCAGCACGUGCCCUAAAGGAAAUAGAAGCAAAAGCAAAAAAGAGCUACCAGAAUGAUUUGGCUUCUUUCCAGAGAGUUGAUACUAGUGAUGGACUGCAAUCUAAUAAGACAAUUACAGAUGAAGCCCAGUGUUCAGCUGCAACAAGAAAUGAAGCUGGAGCUCCAGGGUUGGUUAUCUCAACACCUUUGAACCCCAUGAGAGCUGUUAAGCGUGCACAAUCUUCAGUGACUGUUAAAAUGAAUGAUGAAAAAGUGAAGGUGAUAUCUAAAGAGGAAGCGGAGGCUCUGAAGGCAAUGGAGGCUGCAAGGAAAAGAAUGGAAGAAAGUCAUACUGAUAUUUCUUUUAUGAAGCAAAACCUGACAGUACCUCAUUUAUUGUAUCGAAUGUCACAUGAAGCUGGCAGUCCAAGAAUUCUGCAUCUCACCACAAUCCGCGGUGCCGCAUUCUAAAUCGCGUUCAUAUGUUCGGACUCUGUUCAAAGCCAGCAUGACGUUGCUACUGUUCCAACCGCUCUCUCUGUCCCCGAGGGAGGUCGUCAAAGAAAUCCGCUGAGCAUUUCAUCAUACAGCUUGCAGGCAGGCACCCCGAAAGAUAACCCUAUCACCCUGCAACACCACGAGCAGAAUCGAGGUGGAAGACGACGUGGUGCUCCGCCUUUCUCGAUCGAUUUGCUUGUUCUUUAGUGUCUUCUAUUAUGCCGACCACCCACAUGUGGAGCUUUGACACGCCCACCAUUUUAGGCCACCCAACUUGCUGGUGGAGUUAACCCCAUCACUCCUAACCUUGAUUGGAGAUUGUGAUCGACAACAACAUCUAAGAAUACAGACAGUGCAAUAUACUUUCCACAGGUAAUAAUAGUCUAUUUUCCAGUACGAUAGGUUCAAGCGACUCACGAUAAGCCUAAUAAAUAACGCUGUGGACUUUGGGUGCCUCCUUUCUUGCCAUCCACAUCAUAAUAAUUCCUCAUAACAUAGCCACAAACUCUGGUCGUCAGACGGCGUUUUGGUCGUCGGAAUUCGGCUUCAGAAAUCAUCCACCAGAUGGAGAGCAGGUGAUGCAAACACUGUGGACUCGAGUUGCAUCUUCGACCUGCUAUGAUUUCAAUCCAUCUUUUGCUGUCCAUUUCUGUUGCCCAUCGACGAAGUUAACCUUUCAUGAUCGGCUAUACCCAUUUGCUCUCUUUGUGGUCGGCAACUUCGACAUGGAAAUCACGAUGCUAUUUGAUGCUCUCAUGCGUUUGACUUGUUCGAGCUACAGACCAAAACCUACGGUAGUACUCUUCCUCUGUAAUCAGCGUCCGUUUUCACCGAUCGGAUUGGACUUUCUGUCCAAACCCCGAACGACAGGAGCAGAACUGUCGGAGAAAGCAGCGAGGUGUGGUACGUGGAGAAGGCCCCGGCGGUGGGGAAACCGAUGUAAAGCCAUGGCUCACAUAGGAAAAGUCAAUGGAACCCUGCCGUCGAAAGCUGCGAUGCACGCUGCGCCGUGCCGCAGGUUCACUGUAGCUGAAGCAGAUGGCCUCGACUUCUACUGUGGUUUCACCUUCUUCACCGAGCGUGGGCUGACAUUGCGUUCUUGCUGCCGUUUGUCCGUGGGAAACCUCGACAUAUCUU